UUUUGACUUCCUUUUAGGACCCGAGGACGAUGUUCCUGGGUGAAUUUCCCUUUCCAUGGGGUGCAUUCUCAUGGUUUCAUAACUAGGAAGGCAUGAUGAAAAAGGCAUAUCAUGCAAGGAGGCACAUUUUUUUUACCGUGCAAAGUACUUCUUAAUUAUGUGUGAUAUCAAGGCUCACCUCUACAGAACGUUUUUCUGACAUUGUUAGGUUUGUUAUAUGUUGAAAGCAUCCUGCCACUUGGUGUAACCUAUUGUUGCCUUUGUGUACAAUGCCCACACUUGUCAAAACAAUGGAGAAUCCUGAUAUUCCUGAGAUCAGGGUUAAAACAGCUUACAAUGGAGAGAUCAUGAUCACAUACAUUGUUCCCAAUGUCACCUUGGAGGAUUUCCUUGCCGAAAUGAGGGAGAUGUGUCAUUUUCAGCCAGAACAAAGGUUCACGAUGAAAUGGGUGGAUGAAGAGGGUGAUCCCUGCACAAUAUCUUCUCAAGAAGAACUUGAUGAGGCCCUCAGGUUGUAUGAACUCAACAAGGAUUCUGAACUCACCAUUCAUGAGAGCAUAUACCGUAGAGGAGCUCGACGCUGGCGGAAGCUGUAUCGUGUCAAUGGACACAUCUUUCAGGCAAAGCGCUUCAACAGGAGGGCCUUUUGUGCCUACUGCCAUGAUCGGAUCUGGGGCCUUGGGAGACAGGGUUUCAAAUGCCUUCAGUGCAAAUUACUCAUCCACAAGAAGUGCCACAAGCUUCUGAAGGGAACUUGUAACAGUUACGACAAUGACUCUGUCCGAUUUGGUCAACCGGGUUUCAAUCAGUCCUGGCAGAGUGGUGAUUCAUCUGUCUCUACUGCCAAUGGAGAUGCUUCUGGCCUAAGCUCAAAGCGUGGCUCCAUGAUGGAACCAACUGGCAAAGGUCCAGCUUCCACCACGCCAUCUGCAGAAUCCCAGAAGGUUGAAGAAGAGGGAGCUGAAUCAUCUGGGCAGUACCGUCUCGAUGACUUUGACCUGGUGCGUGUCAUUGGACGUGGGAGCUACGCCAAGGUUCUGAUGGUGGAGCUGAAGAAGACCAAACGCAUUUAUGCCAUGAAAGUAAUCAAAAAGGAACUUGUGACAGACGAUGAGUUGGAGGGGAAGCAGGUGACGCCGCCGUAUAAGCCCCGGCUGGAGAAUCCGAGGGACCUUGCCAAUUUCCCGCCCGAGUUCACCGACGAGCCCGUCCAGCUGACCCCGGACGACCAGAAAGUGAUCGAGAAGAUCGAUCAGUCGGAGUUCGAGGGGUUCGAGUACGUGAAUCCUUUGCUCAUGUCGCUCGAAGAUUGCGUCUAGGUGCGAUUCCAAGCCUGGCAUUUCGUUUUUUUUAUAUGUUAUAUGCAGUUUCGAUGAGGUUCUUCCACUGUUUAUUCACUCGUUAUUCAUUCCAGUCGUUUGUACAUAAAGUAGAUGGUCUUCCACGGAGCGGAUUUAUCCGGAAAAUGCUAUUUAUCCGGAGGAAAUGCUAUUUUUUCAGGCAUCUAUUUUUUUUUUGGUUCGAUGGUUCUUGUAUUUUUUCUAUCCCGAAAACGAAAUUAUCUCGCCAAAUCGAAGAAUAAAGGAGUCUGAGAAA